GAAAACCACGGCUCCCGGCAUGCAGCGCGGCGUCGCGCCCUUCCGCUUCCGGCCGCCGCGGAGCGCCGCGUCCGCCCCGCGGGAACACCGCUGCCGAGGCGGUGACAGGAGCUGCGGCGGGGCUGGGGCCGAGCGCCGCGGGCGGGUGGGCAGCGCCGGGGGCGCCCAGCGCGCUCCCCGUCUCCCAGCGGGGCCCGGCCGGGCUCCCCGCCGCCGUCUCGGGGGUCACCUUCAUGGGCGGGCGGUAGCGCGGGGCCCGGGGCCUGCGAGGCGCCGCGGCGGCGGCGGGGCCCGGGGCCAUGUUCGUGCAGGAGGAGAAGAUCUUCGCGGGGAAGGUGCUGAGGCUGCACGUGUGCACCGUGGAUGGCGCCGAGUGGCUGGAGGAGGUCUCGGAGGACACCACGGUGGAGAAGCUCAAGGAGCGCUGCCUCAAGCACUGUGUGCCUGGCAGCCUGGAGGAUCCGAAAACAGUGACACAUCAUAAGUUGAUACAUGCUACUUCUGAGAAGGUGCUGACAGACACAAAAACAGUGUUAGAAGAGAACAUUCAAGACAGAGUUCCAAGCUGUGACCUCUCAGCGUCUACUCUCGGCUUUGACGUGAGGAAGCUAAUAAGAUGGCAAAAAGGGAAGAGGAAAGAGACUUUUUCUCCAGGAAAAAAACACAAUGUCUUGCUCUUAAUAAAGAAGCGUGCGCCACCUCCACUCCCCAAAAUGGCAGAUGUGUCAGCAGAGGAAAAAAGGAAACAGGAGCAGAAAGCUCCUGAUAAAGAUGCUAUUCUCAAAGCAACUGCAAAUCUUCCUUCUCGCAAUGUAGAUCGCACUGUGGCCCAUCACAACAUGAGGGAUUUUCCUUUCUUGCAGUUCCAGACAGAGCUCCGGAAGAUCUUAGUUUCUCUCAUAGAAGUUGCACAGAAAUUGCUAGCGCUGAACCCAGAUGCAGUUGAGCUAUUUAAGAAGGCAAAUGCCAUGCUGGAUGAAGAUGAGGAAGACAGAGUGGAUGAGAUAGCUCUGCGACAGCUUACAGAAAUGGGGUUUCCAGAGAGCAGAGCUGUCAAAGCCCUUCGGUUAAAUCAUAUGUCAGUGACACAGGCCAUGGAGUGGUUGAUAGAACAUGCAGAUGACCCUACAGUGGAUGCUCCGCUUCCUGGUCAGGCUCCAUCAGAAGCCACAGCUGAAGCUGGUGCGUCCUCUGCUGAAGCGACUGCAGGUCCUAGUUCGGAAGCUGGUGGGGAAGAGGCCAAAGAUGAGCUGACAGAAAUAUUCAAGAAGAUCCGGAGGAAAAGAGAGUUUCGUCCAGACCCACGAGCUGUCAUUGCCCUGAUGGAGAUGGGAUUUGAUGAAAAAGAAGUGGUAGAUGCACUGAGAGUAAACAACAACCAGCAAAAUGCAGCUUGUGAAUGGCUGCUGGGAGACAGAAAGCCUUCUCCAGAGGACUUAGAUAAGGGAAUUGACACCAAUAGCCCUCUCUUCCAAGCCAUCUUAGAAAACCCCGUGGUACAGUUAGGGCUAACAAACCCUAAAACUCUACUAGCCUUCGAGGAUAUGCUUGAAAACCCCUUGAACAGCACUCAGUGGAUGAAUGAUCCAGAAACUGGGCCCGUCAUGCUACAGAUCUCUCGAAUCUUCCAGACACUGAACCGCACGUAGAAGGGAAUGCUGGUCCGCUGUGCCACUCCCUACUGUCCCUUGCCUCACCUUCCCAACGGGAGCGGGCAUGGAUUGCUGGGGUGGGGUGGAGAAAAAGCGUCCCCCCCCCAAAUGGGGAUGUCUCAUGUGAGAGCAUAUGUAGGUAUGGCCAACCCAAAGUUAAUUGCCUUGUGGAUUUAGUGUUAGUGGAAGAGGUUUGAAGACUUAUUUUUGUUUUCAGGUGUUAGGUCGAAAAUAAAAUAUAUCCAAAUAUAGGAAAAGGUUUUGUGAAAGCAAUUAAGCAUCUGAUUGAUAAGGAAAUAUGAUGAUAUUGCUCAUGUUUUAAGCUCCUUGGUAAAAAGGCCUGUGACAGUAGUUUACUAGCCAGUUUCACUAGCAUCUGGCUAGUGUUUACAAGAGGUCACUGACCACUAGCAUAGGAUAUUAAUCAUCUCCAUACAGUAUUAACUUAUGGGUAUAACAAAUUAUAAAAUGCUUUUUUAAAUUGAUUCUUAGGAAAUGUUUUUUUAAAAAAAAGUCCAAAUAUUGGGAGAGCAAGCACAUUUCUAUCCAAAUUUGUUUGUCUUGCAUUAUAAUUUAAACAGAAUAAUUCAUAGAUGGAAUUCCUUUAAUAAAUAGCAUUACUUUUUCCUAUUUAUUUUCUGUGUUAGUGUUGUUCAAGUCCUACAGGGUUUAGACUUGUAGGUGAUUCUCUGUCAGCUACAUUAAAGAUGCAGUAUCUCUUUCAUGACAGAACUUGCAACACCAACACUUGGAUUCUCAAGGGCUGCAAUUCGUAAGCUUAUACUCUGCCAUAUCCUAGUGCAAGGAGGAUGUAUUCACACUGCGUUUUUUUUCCGUUUUGAUGUGCAUGGUUUUGGAAAGGGAGACUUAUGUUGUUGAGUUUAUUUUUCAGACUCUGUUUACAAAAAGAUACUGAUUUGCAUGGGUUUUCAUUGAUUGGUAAUCUGCAAAUAAGCAGAAAUGCUAAUGUUUUUAUUUUGCUUAAGGUAUUUAAAAGCGCGCUUGAAAUUACUAUCUUUGAGAUAGAAGUGUUUUUUCUCACUGCUUUUUUUAACCCUGGAAAUACCAAGAAUGUCAGGCUAUGUCUUUCCUAGUUUUAUCAGAAGACUGACUUGAGAUUUCGGACAGAAAUUGUGAGCUUCUAACAAAACAACUUGCUAGUGAAUAUCCAGCUAGAUUUUUGUUAUGAUUGGGCUAUGGAGGAGUUGCUUUUUAAUAGUCCAAAACAUUUUUUUUCUUUUCAACUUAGUACCACAUGAUUGACAUCUGUCAUAAUCUGUCAAGUCUUGUAAUCCACAGCUUUUUUGCGGAAAGGCAGGCUAUGCAAGACCUGCUUCUCCAAAAUACAGAGCAACCAGAGAGAGGUCGUAUUCUUAAACAGCACCAAGGUAUCUGUCAGAGGGCUAUCCUGAGUAGCUCUGCAGUCACCUUUUAAGUGUGGUUUUUGUGUUGUUGCUGGGUUUUUUGUGUGUGUGGUUCUGGGGCUUUUUCUUUCUUUAAAAAGAAAAAUGCAGCAAGAUGUAACCCGAAACCCUGCAACAAGUUUUGGCCUGAACUUGGCAUCUGAUUUAUGCUAUUAUGCAGCUGAGGCACUGAAGUUGCCAAUUUCACAUAAUUAAUAUGAAGGGUGGGGAAAUCAAAACAGCAUGAGAUUUUAUCUUGGCUUACUAUCCCAGUGUUUUUUUUAUUUUUGUUUUUUGUAAUUUCAUAUUAAGCUUGCACUUCAUGAGAGUGCUGAAAUAUUUACUUUUACACCUGAAAACUCAGAGCUUUAUAGAGGUUUAUCUUCUGUUCAAAUUGGACAGUAACACCAUUUUCUCAGACUCUGUUAAGAACAGAUUGACAACAUGACAGGAAAUUCUAACUUCUUUCUGUAGCUGUAAAAGCAAGGAACCUGAUCCUGCAACCCUGUGAAUUUGAUGCAACUACUCAUGAGCAGCUAUGACUAAAGGUUGUGGCGUUAUAAAAAGCUUUCUUUGUUGUUUUUUUCUCAUUCCCUGCAGUUUCUGAUGUGUAAUACUACCAGAGGACGUUAAUACUUGAAGUUCUAAGUGUUUUCCCUACUCUAUCGGGGUUCUUAUAAAUGUUUCCUUUUAGUGAUUCUUUCUAGAAGACAAAGCUGGGAAAGAAAAACUACCCUGUAAUAUUUUUUUGGCUUUUGUAUAAUCAAGUACAGCUUCAGACUUGCUGAACAGAUACCUGGGUAGCAGUCAUGGCCUUUUAAUGAAUCUUUACAUUCUUCAAAGACCAUUUCCAUGCUUCUGUUAUUUCAGUGAUACAUGAUUGGACUCUGAAGUGGCCGUAGAGCUUCCAGACAGACCAGGCAAGGAUCAUCUCUCAAUUUUAGAUUCAUCUAAAAGUUUGGUCUCUGGUUUGCUCAAGGUAGAGCCUAGUUGUGAUAUGGCAAGAACAAGCAACCCACCUCACCUGUUGCUGCUAAGAGGAGAAUAUGGAUGAUUAACUUGAACCAGCUGCCUAAUUUUUAGAUGGCUGAAGUUGGGUGAAUUCCCAAUAUAUAGGGUCUAACCAGCUUCAGAGGAGCAGAGUGGCUCACUCUUGAGGAUGAAAGUUCUGCUGCUCGUGCAUGCCUGCAUUACCCCCACAGCAAUGGGAUUGGUCACGGCUGGUACUGCCAGUGCCCGUUACUAAACUGCAUCAUCUUCAGUGUCAGUUUGAUCAGGGUGAUAACUUUUAUCAGAGCUGCCUCCCUCAGUAUGCCUGAGCAGAAUUGGUGCCGGUGAUCCUUUUAUUAAAAACAGAAAAAAGCAUCAGGAAAGCAUAAUCAGGUAACAGAUGAAGGUGAGAAUGCCCAGGCUCCCCAACAUAACCUAGUGCUGCAACUACAGUUAGAAGCCUUGUGGGUUAAAGGCAUACUGCAUCUUUAAAACACUUGAAAGCUUGAGAAUGUGGUUAUUUCUGGCUCUCCUUCCAGAGCUCAAUACUUGCACAGCUUAAGUGUUAGUGUGUUCUUCCUGAUUUGCCAAACUGUUUUGUUUCUUGGUAUGGCUUUAGCAAAGUCUUGAUUGUCUGAGAAGUUUCCAGUAGCUGAAAUAGGCCAGAACUUUUGAGGUGUGAUGUUUCCGGCAAGGCCCAGGAGUUGAUUUAAAACAAAUAAAAACUAUCCUUAAAGUUAAAUUACCGUUCAAGGAAUUGAUAAGACAAUAGUGUUGUCUUUUGGGUAUGAAUUAGCACUAGACUGUGGAGCUGUAUGUCCCAUGGCACCUGGGUGUAUUGCUACUUCAUCAUGGUUAAGGUGUGUGUUUGGGGAGAGGGGUUAAGUCCAUUCAUGCUUGCAAAAGUAUUGAUGAUCUUUUCUCUCUCCUUUCCUGCCCCCCCCCCCAAAAAAAAAAGGAAGGAAGUGGGGGGGGGGGAAAGAAAAAACGCUGUUACUGAGUUAGGCUGUUCAGAGACAGGUCUCCAGGCACAAGGAGCGUGUGUAGUGAGACUACUGCCUGGGGACAAACUGUCUUGUUCUGUGGCUGAAGGGUGGAGGACUGGUGGUUCUGGUCUGUGAACCACUGAUUUCCUUAAGUUUUGUGGGAAAGAACUACUCACAGGAGUGAGGAUUUGCAGGUUCAUGUCCUGUGCUCGUAUCUGAUCAACUUAUAACUAGCAAAGACGUGUCACAUUUGGGUGUCUCAUAGCAUUGUCAAGGGACUAUUUGGAAGACCCAUGAAAUCAAGGAAAGAUGAGGAAGUGGGGUGGUAGGUGGCUCAUCCAGUGCAGUACCUAGUUCUUACAGUUUUUUGCCCCAUCAGUUGAUAUGGACAAUCUUCUACCUUUUGAUAUUACAUGACUCUUGAAAGCUAGCUAUUUAUUUAAAUAUAUAUAACUUAUAAUUUUUGUCAUCAAGGCUUUGAUAUUUUUAAUAGAAAUGUACUAUAUGGAAGUUUGUUCUCAGGGCUUCAUAUUUAUACUCUCUUUAUAAGGGGGAUACAUUUAAAGGGAUGUAUUUGGGAAAAAUGCUGUUGGCCACUUUGCAACUUGGACCUUGAUUGGUCUUGACCUGUGAGACUGAGCUAGCAUAAUUCUCCUAAUAAACCUCUAGUGUUAGAUACAGUCCAAAGAAUCUGCCAUUCUUUUCUCUCCUUGUGAGUAGUGGCCUGAGUCUUCCUUUAAGAUUGCCGCAUCGCUACAUCAGCAUGGUCACACAAGAUUACCCAGCCACUUCACGGUUCGUUGAUCUUUACACCAUAUUAAGGACACUUCUGGUCUCCAAGCAGCUGGAAAAUUAACUUGCCCUGUUUCUAGUACGGUUAUUAAUAAACUUCGGCUGUUCUAGGAAGGCGCAAGGUUCACUCCUUCCAGAGCUCUUAAACUCCCAGCUAAUUGCAUCUUUUUGGCUGCUUGCAGCCUGUCUUGGGUACGUCCCAGAACCUUGACCCCCAUCUACUCUCCUCGUUCUCACGGAAUCAGACUUGUCUUUGGGGGAUUGAUCUUCCUAUCCAAGAAAUACUUAAGUGGUUAUUGAAAUCCUUCUUGGUUGGGAGAGUUGUCUUGGGGGGGCCUGAGAAUCUUUAAUAUACUUUGAAAGUUGUUUAAAUAAGCAUUGCACCAAAUGAAUGUAUCAUGACGCUGUCAGCAAAUGUUGCCUAUAGAACAGGUACAGAGGUUCACAGUGAUCUCAAUUUCAAUGGCAGCUUUCCAAAAGUAGUGUGCAUGGGAUAGUAUCUCAUCCAAAGUAAAAGCCCCAUUUUUCUGCUUUUAAUAAGUGGCAUUUUUAUUAACUGGUAGAAUAGCAGCACUUGCAGCAGGGUAUUUCCAUCCAGUUAUAAGUCCUUAUGCUUUGAGGUAUAAGCGAACUAGUGACCGAAUCCUCCUCUCUGGACUGAUGAUUCGCCUGAAGCGUCUGUCGGCUGCUGUCAGAGCUAGGAGAGUCAGUUAGCUCAGCCAGGGUGGCAAUCCCUGGGUUCCUACGGAGGAAACACAAGCUGUGGGUAGUGAGUCUACAUGAAUGUGGUACCGUGACUGUUGUUGUCACCUGCAUCCUGAUAUCUAGGUAUAACAAAAGGUUUGUUAAGGACCUCUUGCCCUAAAGAUCUUCAAUGCAGAACUUUUUGCAGCAUAGGAAUUUCAGUAAACAUAAAUGCAUUAAAUUCUUUCUGAAUUUGGAUAUAGCUUUAUAUCAUGCUUUGGGGAGAGGAAAGCAACUGAAUCAUGUUUUAAACUAAGCCCAACAAAACCAAGCGUCUCUUGUUGCAGCAGGUAACAGAGGCCCCAUAGAGUGUUUUUAAUUUGCGUAUUUUUAUCAUAGCUUAAUGAACUGUACAAGAAUGUGAUUUGCUAUCCAGCACUUACAGCAGCACCAGUAAAAUUAUAUUGCGAGGUACUGACUUAACAUUUUUCAUUUCACCUGUGUAUAAAAUAAUUAGGUACAGCGUAUGGUAACUUUUAUAUGGAACAGACACUGAUGUGUGGCAUGCACAGCUGUUUUGAAGAUGUAAUGUUACUUUUAUGAGGCUUAGCUAGGGCAGACCUCACUGAGCCUGUGGAGUUCGGGGUUCAUUCUAGGCACGCCAGCGUGGGUCACUGACCUCUCCCGCACGGGAAAACCGGCGGGCUUUGCUUCGUGCAGGAGCCCUGCAGGCAAAAUCAAGAAAUUGCUACUGAUCUGUUAACCUUUAACCAGUCAAAGUGUUGUCUACUGAAAUGUAUUCCUCGAAGUUAGCCGGGUCGCUAGCAAAGCCUGACCUGUUCAAACUGAAACCGGUUACCUGCCUUCAGCAUGUGGCGGAGUCAUACCCAAGAACGAGACUAGAAUGAACGCUGAGUCUUUAAACCUGCUCUCACACACACACUAAGGACACUGAUGUUGUGUGUUGUAAAUUUAUAAUAUAUCUUAAAAAUAAAAGUUUUUUGAUUUAUUACAA